AUGACAAGAAUGUUUGAAUCCCAGUUGGGCAAAAGCAUUGAGGUCUACAUAAACGACAUGGUGGUGAAGAGUAAGGUAGUGUCCGAGCGCGUUACAGACCUCGGAAGCAUCUUUGAAAUCCUGAGGAAACAUAAGUUGCACUUAAACGCUUCCAAGUGUUCAUUUGGUGUCGGAUCAGGCAAGUUCCUGAGAUACAUGGUGACUCACCGGGGCAUUGAGGUCAACCCCGAUCAAAUCAAAUCCAUUAACAGUUUACGACCACCCCGAAAUCCCAAAGAGGUCCAGAAGCUUAUCGGAAUGGCUGCCACCCUAAAUCGAUUUAUUUCUCGGUCGGCGGAUAGGUGCAAACCUUUCUUCCUCUUGAUGAAAAGGUGGAAAGGAUUUGAAUGGACUGAAGAGUGUGCGUUGGCUUUCCAACAACUUAAAGAAUAUUUAUCACGGCCACCUAUCAUGUCUAGUCCUAAGGUGGAUGAGAUCCUGUUCGCAGACAUCGUCAUGGCCCCUUACACUGUAAGUUUGGUUUUGCUACGAGUUGACAAUGGCAUACAACAGCCAAUUUACUAUCUCCCACUCAAAGCUAUACUUCGGAGUGCUGAUUACACAGGGAGGAUUGCUAAAUGGAGCAUGAUCCUAGGGGCUUUUGAUACCAAGUACAUGCCUCGUACCUUUGUCAAGGGCCAAGUCCUCGCAAACCUGGUGGACGAGUUCGCUGAACCCUCAUUGGAAGAAGUGACAGAAGCACAACACAUGGAUGGAAAGUCGGUUGGCAUGAUCUCCCAACAGGGCCCGCUAUCCUGGAAAGUAUAUGUUGAUGGCGCAGCAAACCAAAAGGAGUCUGGGGUGGGAAUAGUAUUAAUAUCCCCCAAGAAGAUCACUAUUGAGAAAUCGCUAAGACUAGGAUUCUCGACCACAAAUAACAAGUUUGAAUAUAAGGCCCUGCUAAUGGGAAUGACUAGGGUUCUAAAAAUGGGCAGGAAGGCGAUAGAGAUGUUCUCGGACUCAAGAUUAGUCAUUGGCCAAGUAAAAGGAGAAUUUGAGGCAAAGGACAAAAGAAUGCAGAAGUACUUAAGUCAGGUGAGGCACCUAUGGUCAAGAUUCGAAUCUUUUAACUUGUUGCACGUCCCCAGAAGUGGAAACACCCAUGCUGAUUCCCUGGCCACGCUUGCUACCUCCUCGGCACAAGGUCUUCCUCAGGUCAUCUUUGUGGAAGAUUUGUACAAACCAGCAGGGGUGGAGAAAGGAAUGAUCCAUGUUCACCAGGUAAGGGUAGGGCCUAGCUGGAUGGACCCUAUAAUAUCAUUCUUGAAGGAUGACAUCCUGCUUGAGGAAAAAUCAGAAAUAGUAAAGAUGCGUAGGAAGGUUCCUCAGUUUUGGUUGUUCAAGGACCAAAAGCUAUACAGACGCUCGUUUUCUGGGCCCUACUUGCUAUGCAUACACCCUGAAGCAACAUAA